AUGCCCAGUGGAAAAGGUAGCAAGUUAUUGCGCUAUGUGGAGCAUCGCCUUCGAGUGACGCUACACGAUGGCCGAUCGAUUGUCGGUACCUUUUUGGCAUUUGAUAAGCACCUGAACUUGGUCCUGAGUGAAGCCGAUGAAUUCCGCACGCUCAAGAGCAAGGGUGGAGCCGCGUUGCUGGAAGAACGAACCGAAAAGCGCAGUCUGGGUCUGGUACUCAUCCGAGGAGAAAACGUGGUAAGCUUGGCUGUGGAAGGACCACCGCCUCCGUCAGCCACGGGAAAGCUAACUCCCGGUGGACCGGGCCGUGCUCUUGGUGCGGGUCGAGGUACCAUGGGAGUCCCUCCCCCAGGAGCUGGACCUCCCGGUGUCCCUCCGGCUGGACUGGGAGCAGCUCCAGUGCAUGGUAUUGGUGGAGUGCCUCCACCUCCUCCGCCAGGAAUGGGAAGGGGAAUGCCUCCACCCUACUAG